AUGGCGAAGACCUACGAUUACCUGUUCAAGCUGCUGCUGAUCGGGGACUCGGGGGUGGGGAAGACCUGUGUCCUGUUCCGCUUCUCUGAGGACGCCUUCAACUCCACCUUCAUCUCCACCAUAGGAAUUGACUUUAAAAUUAGAACCAUAGAGCUCGAUGGCAAGAGAAUCAAACUGCAGAUCUGGGACACAGCCGGUCAGGAGCGGUUCCGGACAAUCACCACUGCCUACUACCGGGGCGCCAUGGGCAUCAUGCUGGUCUACGACAUCACCAACGAGAAGUCUUUUGACAACAUCCGGAACUGGAUCCGGAAUAUUGAGGAGCAUGCCUCUGCCGAUGUCGAAAAGAUGAUCCUGGGGAAUAAGUGUGACGUGAACGACAAGAGACAGGUCUCCAAGGAGCGAGGAGAGAAGCUGGCCCUGGACUAUGGGAUCAAGUUCAUGGAGACCAGUGCCAAGGCCAACAUCAAUGUGGAGAAUGCCUUCUUCACACUCGCCAGAGACAUCAAAGCAAAAAUGGACAAAAAAUUGGAAGGCAACAGCCCCCAGGGGAGCAGCCAGGGAGUCAAGAUCACACCCGACCAGCAGAAGAGAAGCAGCUUCUUCCGAUGUGUUCUUCUGUGAGGAACGCCGCCUUACCUGAGCUCCGCUCAGCCCAGCUGACUGUGCCUGUUCCGAGCCAGCCCCUCGCUCGGCUGGGGCCUCCCCCUCUCCCACGCCCGCCCAGGCCAAGGCCAUGGGCCCAGGGCCCCCAGAACGAAAUCGAGAAAUUGUUUAUUUUAGUAACUGCCUGGUCUCUCUCAGCUCUGGAGAUGGAGUAAGUUAGGAGUACGCUAUUUUCCAGUGAUGUCUGCGGAGUGAUGUCUGCGGAGUGGGCCUGCGCACCAGGUUACCAGGAAGAACGGGACCACAGUGAGGCCUGCAUCUGCGACAGCCAUCAGCCCUCGGUCCUGCUGCAGCUCAGCUGGUGGGCCCCUGGCCAGCGAGGGCCCCCGCCUGGGCCCCCGCCAGGUGCCUUCCACCACCGCCCAAGCAGGGUGAUGGCGCUCCGGGCCGGGACACAGCCGCCCAGCAACCCCAGCUCCCGCUGCCUCUGCCCGCGGUUCGGAGAAGUGACAGAGCUGUCCCCGCCCCACACCCUCUUUUUUUACUGUCAAGCCAAAGGGAAGCACAAAUUACAGGAAGCCCAGGCAGAGCGCCAGGAGGAAAGAAGCCAGGGCGGGUCUCCUGCCUGUGGCCCCGCGAGACCCGCUGCUGUGCCUGCUGAAGGGAUGCUCUCGGUGGUCGCUGCAAGCCUCAGUGACACUCGCCCACCCAGCCCCCAGGACCAGGACACCGCUGUCAACACAACGGCCCCCACACCGCUUCAUCCUUUGCCCGAUGUCACUCCCCCAGAUUCUCCGGGUCAUGAGGGGACCAGUCUCCAAUCCCAGCAGCGGAGCCAGAAGACUGGGCCACCUGCUUCUUGGGCCGGGUGUCCGGUAGACACACACAUUCCACAUGGCCAGGCUGCUGCACGGCCGCCCUGCGGCAUUGAGUAGACCUCGCCAGCUUCUCUGAGCAGCUCCCUAGAGACUGCAGGACUGGGACCAGGUGGCCAGUCAGGCAUCACCAGGGCACAUACCUUUCCCCGGUUCCCAUCUCUUUCUCACCCCCACUUCCCCCAGCUGCUGUCAGUCCAAGCCAUUGGUGUAAUAAUGCCUUCAUUUAGGGAUUAAAACCGAAUGAACCAGCAAUAGUUUGUUCCCUGGAAUCGUUAACAUGCUCUGUUUACAUCCAUCAAUGCACUUAAGGAAAACCACCCAAUGAAUUAAAGCUCAUUUUAAAGCUG